AAAGCUGCGGAGCGCGCGCAGCGGAGGCGCACCGAGCCGAGCCCGGAGAUGAAAUGCUCCCAUCGAGGAGGACGCAGAUGGACAGCCUGGUUCAGCCGCUCGUCGCCCAGUACCUCGCCAUGGGAUGCCAAACUAAGGAGAACCAAAACGAAAGCGUGCCGGCGGACGAAAAGGGCAAAGAAGACGCGAGGGUGACUUCAGGGUGCACCUCCAACAAGCCAAGAGUUUCUCCUCCAGGCCGUCCCAACAGGUUCCACAAACCGGCCCACAACACCCCUGGCAAACUGGUGAUACCUCUGGGACACCUCGGCAAGGGGGCAACCUGGAAUGAACUAAUCCAAGCUUGUCUGGAGUGUUUCGACACAGAUGGUCAUGUGAGGAAGAGCAGCCACCUGCUGAACGUCACCCUGACCAUGCACCGUCUCCUCAUGCCCUCCGGUGACCUGCUGGACAAACUCAUCAGUCUAUUUAAAGCUGCGCUGGACAACGAUCAGCCAACAGAGUGCAAAAAGAUCUGCUACCUUAUCAGGCACUGGAUUCAAGAAUUCUGGAUAAUAUUCCGGUUGCCCCACAGCUUGUCUGACAGCCUGGAUGAGUUCCGGGAUUUGAUCAGAGAGCAUGGGCAGGAGGAUCUUUGCUCUCUCCUCGAGACCAAAUGGAUAAAUGAACGAGAACGAUCAUGGAAGGCUAGCCAGAAGAUCAAGGCUAACUACAGUAAAAAGAGGAAAGUUUCCCUUCUUUUUGAUCACCUGGAGCCCAGUGAGUUGGCUGAGCAUCUUACCUACUUGGAGUUUAAAUCAUUUUGUAGAAUAUCAUUUGUAGACUAUCUAAAUUACAUUCGAAGCUGCUGCAUGAAGGACAUCCCUGUGCUGGAGCGUUCCAUCGCCCUGUGUAAUGGGAUUUCCCAGUGGGUUCAGCUGAUGGUGCUGAGCCGGCCAACCGCUCAGCUGAGAGCUGAGGUUUUCACAAAGUUUAUCCACGUCGCACAGAGUUUACACCUUAUGCACAACUACAACACACUAAUGGCGGUGGUGGGAGGACUGUGUCACAGCUCAAUCUCAAGACUGAAAGACACGACCUCACAUGUACCGAGUGAAGUCACCAAGGUCCUGAAUGAGAUGACAGACCUGCUGUCCUCCUGCAGAAACUUUGACAACUACAGACACGCUUACAGCAAAUAUACAGGUUUUAAAAUUCCCAUCCUUGGUGUUCACCUGAAAGACCUGAUUUCAGUCAACGAGGCCAUGUCGGACUACGUGGAAGACAACAAGGUGAACGUCCAAAAGCUGCAGGCGCUCUACAACCACAUCAAUGAGCUGAUCCAGCUUCAGCAGCUCCCGGUUAAUCUGGAUGCAAACAAGGACCUGGUUCAUCUCUUGACGCUGUCCUUGGACCUUUACUACACCGAGGACGAGAUUUAUGAACUGUCUUACGCACGGGAGCCCAAAAACUGUAAAGCACCUCCUGCCACCCCUUCUAGACCACCGGUUUGUGUGGAUUGGACAUCAGGAGUAGCUCCUAAACCCGACCCUCGAACCAUCAGCAAACAUGUGCAGAGGAUGGUUGAUUCCGUGUUUAAGAACUACGAUCACGAUGAGAAUGGCUUUAUUUCCCAAGAAGACUUUGAGAAAAUUGCAGCGAGCUUUCCCUUUUCCUUCUGUGUCAUGGACAAAGAAAAGGAAGGACUUGUGAACAGAGAGGAGAUCACGGCGUAUUUCAUGCGGGCUAGUGUCAUCUGCUCCAAACUGGGUUUAGGUUUUGUCCACAACUUCCAGGAGACGACUUACAUGAAACCCACCUUCUGUGAUAACUGCUCAGGGUUUUUGUGGGGUGUUAUCAAGCAAGGCUACAGAUGCAGAGACUGCGGCAUGAACUGUCACAAGCUGUGCAAGGAUCAGGUGGCCUUCGAGUGCAAGAAGAACCCCAAAGUGACCAACGCCAUUGACAGUCCGACGCUGAGCUCCACCUCUGUCACCACGGGGACCUCAGAUGGUUCGGAAGAAUGUUCGUUCCCGUUCCCACCAGAUGUCAGGAAAGACUGGAGUCCAGACUCCCCAGUCACCUGCACUCUGAGGCCUAUAAGAGUUCAUAGCUACACCCAGACAGAGGGACCUCAGCUGCCCUCGCCUACUGCUGAAGUCAUCCGCCCUCAGCCGUCUCUUUUAGUCCCCGUGCCGCCCACCCUCCCCUCGUGCCCGAGCCCCCUGCCCAUAAGAAAACAUUGUGCAAAGUGGGAAAACCGAGCCUCUGUUUUGCAAAAGCCCAAAGAGCCGUUGGAGGGGAGCAAACCCUGCUACGAAUCUCUGGAAUCAGAAAACCUGAGGCUCCAAAAAACGAACGAAACACUACGCAGGAAACUCCGAGAAGCUGAGCGGGAGGUGGAGUUUUUGAGGAGACACAUUCUCCAUCCUGUAGAGGAGGACUCCUCCUCUUAGACUCAAACUUCUCCAGAGAGACAUAUGGCAGAAUGUAUAAAAAUCCUAUUUAUUGCUCUUGGACAGUUAAAAGUGUCUUACUGGCAUAAUGUAACUGAGCAGUUUGUCAUCCUGUGAUAAAGCUCACAGGGUCAACGAGGUGCACCGAAGGUCAAGUUAGGCUAGUGAGUGCAUCAUCAUCAUGAAGGAAGUUGUGAAAAUUCUCGUGUGUGUGGAUGAUUUUUUUCAGCAAUUACAGUUUAACAUGAACUGUUUAUUCUUAGUUUUUUCUUUUCAAAACCAACACAUUUGUCAAACUCUACAACAUGAAGCUGGAAAAACAUCUUUGCUGCUGUAAAUAAAUGAACGAGAUCAUUCAAUGUUCUGAAAAUGUUACAAAUGAAUGAAAACCACCUACAUUUUUGAAGACGUUUAGUCACUAUAAAUAUACGUAAAAUACAAGCCAUCGUCAAUUCAACAAACCACAGUAUAUUUAGAAAGAACAGCAAGACGCGUUUGAUCAAUUCUUGAUCAGUUAAAUAUUUAUGUUAAACAUAAACCAGGAAGCAUAUGACAGGUGAGUUAUCACAAGUUAUUACAUUUUGCCACUUCUUUUAUUAGCAGAAUAAAAACAGACCACUCACAUGUAUAAAACCGUUGUUGUUUUGCUUUUUUCAAUAUUGUUAAUAUUUAUUGUUCGAAACACUACACACUUCU